AUGAAGAUCUGGGCGUCAGAGCACAUUUUCAACCACCCAUGGGAGACGGUGACCAAGGCCGCAAUGCAGAAAUACCCCAACCCCAUGAACCCCAGUGUGUUUGGUGUAGAUGUUCUGGACAGAAGUGUGGACGCUGAGGGACGGUUACACAGUAAAAGACUGCUCAGCACCGAGUGGGGUCUUCCCGCCAUCGCCAAAUCUAUAAUUGGCUUAACAAGGACGUGCACUUAUGUUCAAGAACAUUCAGUAGUGGACCCCAAAGAGAAGGUCUUUGAGCUCAAAUCUACAAAUAUCUCCUUCACAAACCUGGUGUCCGUAGAUGAGAAGUUGACUUAUAAACCUCAUCCACACCAUCCUGACAAAACGGUUCUGACCCAGGAGGCUCUGAUCAGUGUAAAAGGUGUCAGUCUGAGCAGCUACCUCGAAGGCCUCAUGGCUAACACCAUGACUGUCAACGCCGGCAAGGGCCGCGAGGCGAUGGAGUGGGUCAUUCGGCGGUUGAACGCAGAAAUUGAGGAGCUGGCGGCGACGGCUCGUGGAACCAUGCGUGUGCCUAUGGCGGCUGCUGUUGCCAACAAAUGA